AUGGGACUUUAUAUGGAUAACCUCCUUCCUCAGGCUGAGCUGACAACUGCUUUGGAUCGGAAAGUUGAGAGUGACUCGGAGAAAAGCGUUGUGUCUCACAAACAUCUCGAGGGCAUGGUCUUAUCGUCAGCAUCCAAUCUUAGUGGGACGGCAGAACCAUCUGCUUGGACCAACUGCGAUUUAGGCUUGAGUGAAAAUACUUCUGAAGGGAUUGGAGCAGGGAAACAACCCAACCCGGUGAAUUGCUGGUCGCUCAUCAACGCAGACAGGAAUGUCCCUGCAGAUCUCAAACUGCCCAAAGAGUGUCCCGGUGAAAACGCAAGUUUGAUAGGCCAGGUUGAUGUCCACGCCACUCUGCAGUCAAUGAAAUCAGAAAUCUACCUCGAGAGAGAUGACGGCUGUCAUUCGAGCCCCCGAGGGCGAAUGUCGCCCGUGAAUAUUUUACGUUUCCCCUUCCUGCCCCUCAAUUCGAUCUAUUUCGCAGCUCGCACUCAUCAACUUCUUACAACGGACGACUGCGACCACGCUCCGUACAUCCCGGACAUUUCCAGCUCGUACGGCUAUGCUGACAGUGGCAGCUCCCCCAAUUCGAAGGGGGAAAGGAACAUGCAAUCUGAAUCACAGCCGCCAAUGAACAUGAACCAGGAAGCCAACAACACGUUUGGUUACAUGCCGCCUGGUUAUUCUCCAUAUAGCGACUAUUCCAUUUCCCCACAGCAGCAAAGACCCAUCAUGAGAGGCGAACCUCUUGAAGACGCUGUAAUGUUUAAGACUGAACCUAUAGAUUCCUAUGGGUUCUCGCACCACGACACAGGACUCAGUUGCAGCUUCUUGGGUCAAGAUGACACCAUGCCGUCUACUUCUUCAGCUCCCGUGACUUGGUACCAACCAAUUACAUACCUGGGUUAUCAAGGUGGAACCAAAACUAUAGCAGACAAUUAUUCGCAAAACUACACUCAGUACCCUGGUUUGAUCAGGCCAGAGAAUGGAAGAAGCCAUGUCUCUCAUUUUGCCCCAGGACUGAGUCUGCAGAAACUCUGUCUGAUCUGUGGUGAUGAAGCCUCAGGUUGCCAUUAUGGAGUCCUUACAUGUGGAAGUUGUAAGGUUUUCUUCAAAAGGGCUGUUGAAGGGCAACAUAAAUAUCUAUGUGCAGGAAGAAAUGACUGCAUCAUUGACAAAAUUCGCAGAAAGAACUGUCCAGCCUGCCGCCUCAGAAAGUGUUAUCAAGCUGGAAUGGUGUUGGGAGCCCGAAAGCUAAGGAAAUUCAGUAAAUUAAAGAACAUCGGCAACAACCAAUCUUCUCUGCAGACUGAAAUGACACUUCCCAGUGUCAAUGCCGUCGCAUUACCAAAGAUCACUUUACGUUCUGCUAGAGGAGUCCAGUUCACACCGUCACUCGUUUCCAUUUUACAGAUAAUUGAACCUGAAGUUGUUUAUGCAGGUUAUGAUAACAGUCAGCCGGACUCAUCUAACCACCUGCUAACCAGCCUGAAUAGGCUUUGCGAAAGGCAGCUUGUAAACGUUGUUAAAUGGGCCAAGUCUGUACCAGGAUUUCAGAACCUGCAUAUAGAUGACCAAAUGACCCUUAUUCGGUACUCAUGGUUGGGCUUGCUGGUAUUUGCAAUGGGAUGGCGGUCAUAUAAGCAUGUCAAAGGAAAAAUGCUGUACUUUGCUCCAGAUCUGAUUUUUAAUGAGCAAAGAAUGCAGAAGUCGGCAAUGUAUGAUCUGUGUAUAGCAAUGUGUCAAAUCGCAGAAGAAUUUAUUCAUCUUCAAGUGACUCAUGAGGAAUUCUUAUGCAUGAAAUCCUUAAUUCUCCUUAAUACAAUUCCUUUGGAAGGCCUCAAGAGCCAUUCGUUCUUUGAAGAGAUGCGAAGGAACUACAUUAAGGAGCUGAGUGGAACCAUUAGCUUGCAGGAGAAAAGUGCACAGAGCACUGCUCAGCGUUUUUACCAACUCACAAAAGUCAUGGACUCAAUGCAUGAACUUGUCAUGAGGCUGCAUCAGUUCUGCUUGAAUACAUUUUUUCAGUCCCAGGCGCUGAGGGUGGAGUUUCCAGAGAUGAUGUCAGAGAUUAUAACUACACAGAUGCCCAAGAUCCUGGCUGGGCUGGUGAAACCACUGCUCUUCCACAAGAAAUGAGGAACUUUCGCUUUCUCUUUGCUGCAUCAGACUGCUUUGAUUCAUGGGCAGGAUUUUUUUGCAUUAUGCAAGCUUUAUUCUAUUUUUGUGACCAUGACAAUACCACAAAUGAAAAUUGUUUUCAAAUUUAUUAAAAAAGA